AACAAAUCAUCUGCAGAGGUGGGCGUGGAUCUGCCUUCGUCAGCGGUCCUCUUGGUUUUGGUGCCUGCGAGAAGGAGCUGUCAGCUAAAGUUAGCUAGCUAAAAAAAACACGGAACGCAAGAACAGCGAAAGCACCAACGACAAAAAGCUGGUGCGUCAGAAGGGGGAGGCCCAAUUUACCGUUUCGUUUUUGUUUAGCUCAUUAUUAAUUUUGUUUGAAAACAAACCCUACCCCCUCCUCACCCCUAUUUAUUUUGUUUGUCCCAUAUACAUUAUUUUGUUUGUGAUACCUCCUCCAGCUUUGGGAGCAGCGAGGGGUCUUCAUGGCUGUUCGAAGAGGCCACAUCAGGUACCUAAAAGAGGUGUAUGACAUGUCCAACGGCUACGAGGAUCACAUGGGAGGAGGAGAUGAGGUGACGGAUGCCAAGACCAACCUGAUAGUCAACUACCUUCCCCAGAGCAUGAGCCAGGACGAGCUACGCAGCCUCUUCAGCAGCAUUGGCGAGGUGGAGUCCGCCAAGCUCAUACGGGACAAAGUGGCAGGCCACAGUUUAGGGUACGGAUUUGUUAACUAUCUUACCCCUAGCGAUGCAGAAAGAGCUAUCAAUACUCUGAAUGGACUAAGGCUACAGUCUAAAACUAUCAAGGUUUCAUAUGCGCGGCCGAGCUCUGACACCAUUAAAGAUGCCAACCUGUACAUCAGUGGCCUGCCCAAGACCAUGACCCAGAAAGAUGUGGAGGACAUGUUCGCUCGCUACGGACGCAUCAUCAACUCCCGGGUGCUGGUCGACCAGGCCUCUGGCCUGUCUCGGGGGGUGGCGUUCAUCCGGUUUGACAAGCGAGCGGAGGCUGAGGACGCCAUCAAAGACCUGAACGGACAGAAACCCCCCGGAUCCGCUGAGCCAAUCACAGUAAAGUUUGCUGCCAGCCCCAACCAGGCCAAGAACACUCAGCUCAUAUCUCAGCUCUACCACAACCAGGGACGCCGCUUUGGAGGGCCAGUUCACCACCAGGCUCAGAGAUUCAGGUUUUCUCCCAUGUCUGUGGACCAUAUGAGCGGUAUGUCUGGGGUGAGUGUGCCGGGGAACGCCACCGCUGGCUGGUGCAUCUUCAUCUACAACCUGGGCCAGGACGCCGACGAGGGCAUCCUGUGGCAGAUGUUCGGGCCCUUCGGCGCCGUCACCAACGUCAAGGUCAUCCGCGACUUCAACACCAACAAGUGCAAAGGCUUUGGCUUUGUUACCAUGACGAACUACGAGGAGGCCGCCAUGGCGAUCGGCAGCCUCAACGGUUACCGCCUCGGGGACAAGAUCCUACAGGUGUCGUUCAAGACCAGCAAAGGCCACAAGUAGAGAGAGAAGAGGGAGGUGGGGUGAUAGAGGGAGGAGAGAAACCUCACCCCAGGCUUCUAAUAUGGAGGGUGAAUUGCCUCAGUUUGACAAAACAAACUUGUUUUUAUUGUUAUCUCACUAAGCCCAUUCUCACUCUGCAUCUUUUUACUAGUCUAACAGAGAGUCUAGGCUGAGUUUGAUAUUUCUCUUGUUUUUUUUUUACUCAUGCUUUGGGUUGUUCCAAACGCAGUUCUCAAUGUUUAUCCUGAUAUGGUGACCAAUUUCACAAUUCAAGACUAGAUUGUUUUUCCUGUGAGACUAAACUAGUGUCACUAUGUGCCAUAUGAAUGGUAGGACCACGGUAGGGACUUGGAGAAGGAUGCGCUACAUUCAUACGUCUAGUCCCCCACUGUAGGAGGAAGCAUGCUGUCUUAGACGCUGGUUCCAGUGUAGAAAUAGAUGCCUUAAGUUACCACCCUGUCAAGCCAUCCACUGUCUCCAGCCAUUCUAAAAGGAAAGCACUUUUUAAAUCCUUAUUAUAUAAUGUCAGAGCGAUACUCGGCUGUUUUGACGUCAACCAUACAUUGGUCUUCUCUCACCGUGCGGAAUCAGUUUUAUACGCCUCAUGUUAGGUACUGGAUGGUACCAUUACAUAGCAUGUGUGUCCCGUUUUGGGGGUCUUUUAAAAGUUGACUCUGAGAGGCCAUGUAAAAAAAAAAAAAUAGGGUCUGGAGAUUUUAAAGUAGGAACAUGUUUAAGAAGGACCAAAGAAAUGGAAGGGCAUGAUCCCAGGGCCCGUAUUCACAUGCUGAUCUAGGAUCAUAAAUAAGUACCAUUUAUAUGGACCGAGAGGAGCUGAUCUUAGAUCAGCAUGAAGUCCUCUGAGAAGCUUUGUGAAUAGGGAAGAUGCUUACCGUUAUGACUCAUUUCCCCUCACCUGUAAUAGUUUGGACAUCUGAACAAGCGCUACUAAGGCUGAAUCUAACGAGUGGAGCAACACAGCUCUCUCUCUCUCAUCCAGUUUGCUGUUUUUGUAGAAAAGAAAGUUCUCUCUUUAUCUUUGAUGAUUUUCUUUGAGAGACUAACUGUUAUUUUUCGCCGCAGCGUAGACCACUGAUCGGAGAGUUGAGUUGCUUUAGUUUUUUACUGCUCAUCUCGAGCUAACGAAGAAUUUAAGGCCUUUGUGAUUAUUUUUUGGGGUAUAGAGAUUUUUUUGCUUUGGUUCUGUUUUUGGUCCUUUUGUUUUGAUUGUUUUACUUUGAAAAUGCAAUCAUUAAAUUUAAUUUAGAUUUGACUCAA